GUUUUCUUUUCAACAAUAGCGGAUUUUUUUUUAUUCAGCUUUAAAAGGGCUUUUAAAAUAGACAUAAUUUUAUUUUAUUUUCACAAGCUGGUGAGAUAAGGUAUCAUUAGCAUCCCCAUUUGACUUCCCGGGGUCACACUCAUUAGGUUCCUGUUCCUCUGUCAAAAGAGACUGAGUUUCAGAUAGGCUCUAAAGUCCAUCUUGGGAGUCUAGCCACCCAUCAGCCCCUGGGGUCCCUCCAGAUCCGGCUCCAGGGUCCCCUCCAGAUCCGGCUCCUUUUCCAGACACUUCAGUCCUGGAUGCCCGGGAUGCUUUAUCCCCUGUCUUUUAUUUUCUCCGAUUUCCUCCAAAAGUCAGCUCAAGUGCCAGCUGCCGCAGGAGGCCUUUCCUGUCACCCAGAUGUUUCUGCCCCGCCUCUGAAAUCACUUUCCAGUUGUUUGCACAGAGUCGUUUGCAUAGUUGUCACCCCAGUUAGAACGGGAGGUUGGCUGAGGACGCGGACCGAGUUUUGGGCUCUCUUGGUUAUCCAGCGCUUAGGACGCGUGUUUGGCACGUAGUAGGCACUUUAUAAAUUCCUGGUGACACGCUAAUUGCACUUCAGACUCGGGCUCCCAGAAGAAACAGGAGCUCGGAAAGUCAGCUCAGAGUGGGCCGACUGGCAAACUGGCAGGACCUUUACUCUGUUUCCCUAAACGGGGUGCGCCCUGGCUGCCAGCUUCCCUCCUGGGAGCAGAGAUCAGCUUGCUCUGGGCGGAUCCAGGGCAGGGUUGGAAGAAAAACCGGGAGGAGAGAGGAGGGAGGAGGGAGGAGAGGGGGGAGCGGAGGCGGGCCCGUCAGCGGGGCCCCUCCUCUCCCAGGGCUGGCUCCGCACCUAACUGGCCCGGGGCGAGGCUUGUCCGGCUCGGUGACCGCCCCCCCCAGAGCUAGAAGAGGAAGUUGGGACAAGUAGGGCCCGGAGCAUCUCCGCGGAGGGAGGCGGGAGGCCUGGCCGACGGGCUGACCGACGGAUGGACGCACCGAGCGGCCAGGCUGCGGCGGAGCGGCGCGGUCUGUGGGAGACUGAGUGAGAGGGCGGGUGGAGAGGCCCCGGGCGCUCGCCUCCCCGGCCUGGGCGGGGGCGAUCCUCGAGCCUCCCGGCCCUGGGAAGUCCGACAGCUCCGCCCCCAGCCCCAGCAUCUUGGCAGAGCCCCCAGGCGCGGGUGCAGCUCCGCGCUGGGCUUCCCGGGACCGGCCGUUUCCGAGCCCGCCUGCGGUGUGCCCGCCUGCCUCCGGACCCUAGACCUCCGGCGCCGAAGAGCUCAAGAUGCCCGGAGGCAGGGCACUCGCACCUCUCCCCCUCCUCCUCCUCCUGCUCUGCGAGCAGUCGUCCCCGAGCCGCGUCCCUCCAGAAACCCAAGCAGUCAUUAUUGGAGAAGAACAAGAGAACGUUACCCUACCUUGUAGUAAUACCUCAAACCCUGGGGGCCUGGUGAGCUGGUAUAGAAAUGAACCUGAGGCUGCCUUCCUUCUUUCUUCCAACACAACCCUCCCACGUGAAUCCCGCUACUCCCUGGUGAAUGGCAGUUCUUUGCGGAUCACAGGGCUGGGCCCACAAGAUGAGGGGAACUAUACUUGUCGAGAAGUCCUGAACGAGACCCUGGGAGACCACUUGGACCACAGGAUCCAGCUGCUGGUAGCCAGUGGUCCCAACCAGAUCAGCGUCAAAAUCUCUCCCACUGGAAUCUACCCGAAUGGCUCCCUCUUUGUCACUAGGGGCUCCACGGUGACCUUCAACUGUAGCAGCAGCUCCCAUCCACCUCCCGUGGUGGAGUGGUACUUCCAGAUGCCAGGGUCCAACAGAGAGCCCUUCGGGACCAACAAUGAGAACUUCAGCUACUUUGAGCUCCACAACAUGUCGCCCUCACUUCAGGGGAAUUACACGUGUUUUGCCACGAACACGCUCAGCAAGAGGGUUCAGAAAGUGACCUCUGAGCUCCUGGUGUAUUAUCCUCCUUGGUCAGCCCCACAGUGCUGGGCAGAGACAGUUCCCUCGGGAUCCAUGCUACAACUCAUCUGCCGAUGGUCUGGGGGAUACCCCGAUCCCGUCUUCCUGUGGACAGAAGAGCCAGGAAACUUGAUCUUGGGAAAUUCAACCUCGGGUGUAGAGAUACUCAAUCGGUCCCAAUUGUCUGACGGCAAGAAGUUCAAAUGUAUCGGGAAUCAUACCGUGGCGUCGGGAACGAUGGGAGCCAAUUGCGUGGUCCAGAUAAAUGGGCCCACCCUUCAGUCUGAGCCAAUGAAGACCUGCUUCUUGGGAGGCAACGUGACCCUCACUUGCCAGGUGUCUGGGGCCAACCCCGCUGCCAAGAUCUCUUGGCUGCGGAAUCUGACCCAGCCAGAGGAGGAGAUCCUGCCCAGCGCACGUUACCUGAUAACGCACGAGGAUUCAGUCUCCACCCUCACCAUCCUCAACUGUUCCCAGGGUGUGGAUGAAGGCUACUAUGUCUGCAGGGCAGAGAACCCGGUGCGGGUGAGGGAGGUGGACAUCUGGCUGACUGUGAAAAAACCUUUGAACAUCGGGGGCAUUGUGGGGGCUGUGGUGAUCUUGCUCCUGUUGGGAGUGGGGACGGUCUCCGGUUUUAUAUUGUACUACAGUCCAAACAUCUGCCUGAAAGUAGGAAGCAGCCUCAGGGGUCAAGACACGAGUGACGUCAUGGUCCUGGUGGAUUCACAGGACGAGGAAGAGGAAGAUGUGGAAGAAGAGGAGGAAGAAAGAGAAGAGGAAGACUUGCCGAAAGAGAUAACCAGACACGGUCACAUACACCGGGUGACCGCCCUGGUGAACGGGGAUGUGGAACGCAUGGGGAAUGGGCUCCAGGCCCUACAAGAUGACAGUAGGGAAACCCACAGCGACAUUUUCCAGGAAGAAUGUGACCGACCUGUUUGAUUACAGUCAUCUUGAUGUUCCUGGAGCACUCGCAGAGGAUGCUUGGUUUGGAGUUCAGCUUUCCAGACAUCCCAACCUGGGCUCUGAGAUCUCUCGCUUUGGGCCCCUCAGCAAAUGUCCCAUCUCCCCUUCUGUUCUUUUCUCCCUAAUUAGCUUGAUUUGCUGUCGGCUUCCUCAAGAUGCACGAGCGCCAUAGGGACAGGCGAGUCCUUGGGAGGAAGCCCUAGAAGUGGCGUUUGGUUUCCAAAGUGCAACUUUUCUGGGAAUCUUGUCCCCAUCCAGGUGUCCCUCCUCCUUCCCUGAGAGCACAAGUGAAACUUCUUUCCUUAGCAACAGGAAGAUGAUUUUGCUGGCAGCUUGGGCCAAUGUACAGAGAAGGAUAUUUUGGCAUCCCAAGGCAAGCACUCAAAAUGACCCAAGCCAUCCCUUUGCUAUCUCCAAGAAAGGCACAGGUGGGCCAGAUUUCUGGGCAAACAUCCACGGUCUGAGAAAAAAAAAAAGAUCAAGGUUUGCCAAAGACUUGUACCUGGAGGGGGACCCUUCCCUCCUUGAUGGGAAAUUGGAUUAAGUAAAAGUUAGAGUCUCUCACUGAGUGGGAACAUUGCUGUCAAGUUUCCUUUGGAGAAGUGGAUUUGGAUUAUUAGAAUUGAAUAGCACUGGACUUGGAAGAGCAAAAUCUAGAAAUAGUUGAGCAAAUCACCUCUCUGAGCCUCAGUUUCUCCAUUUGGAAAAGAUGGGGGAGUAGAUGGUUUCUAAGGUCCUUUCAAGUUGUAUGGAUCUGCUGAUAAUUUAUAACUUUUCCAGGUCCAUAGAUUAGCCAUGAUUCUUCUCAGAGACUUGGGAGGUUAAUGAGAUAAAGAAGAAAUUAUUUUUAUUUUAACCAGAAUGUAUGGGGGGGAUAUUAUAGAAGGAAAAGGAAAAGUACGAGUAGCUUAAGCCCACUUUUUCUGCUUCUUAGCCACUGCUAUGAAAGUAGUACUCAGCACUUUGUCAUGGAACAAGUAGAAAUCCAGACUAUUUCUUGAUUUUCUCACUCACAUCUGGUGAUCAUGACGGAGUCAUGGUCAUUCUUGGCCUGGGCUUCUCCAUCUCGGAAACAGAUGAAAAAAACAUUUUCUCUGCUUGCUGCGAGGAGAGACUAGGAAGCCAGCCCCAUUGGAUGGCUAUGAAUGGAAGGAAAAUGCUAUGUAAUAGUAAAAGUGGAGAGUCUAGUGAGCCACCAUUUUCCCCCCAUAUGGCCUUUGAUGAUGGCGUCAGACAAGCUUUUCAUAUGACAGCGAAAGAGAAUGCAAGGACUUGUGUUAGAUGCUGGGUUUGUUUUCCAUGUGUAUAGAUCCGCUGAAGGUGGGGUCGGGAUACAAUUUGGGACAUGGAACUUAGAAGGCUUGGGCUUUCUCAUCUUGCCUCAGAUAUUCACUUCCAGGGUGAGCAUGACUACACUUCUCUGAGACUCAGUUUCCUCAUCUGUAAAAUGGGGCCAGAAUACCUGUAAUACCUACCUCACAGGGCUGCCACGAGGCUCCAAUGAGGUCAUGUAAGUAACUGAAGUGCUUGGCGAAUUUGCUUUUCCUCCUGCCCUUUUCAUCACCGCGAACUUAACCAUCACCCUGGACUUUGCCAAGAUAGCUCGAAUUCACCAGCAUCCUUUCCCUUUUCUAACACUAAAUUUAACUUGGUUAUAAAGUUUGUUUUAUUUUAAUCACUUUCAUUCACAUGUUGUGGGGGGCUGUGAUGACUGAAAUUGGUUUCAUUAUGCAUAAGCUUAUUCUGCAUAGGAAGCAGUGGAGUGGUUAGAAUUGAUCUCCGAGUCAAAAAGGCAUGGAUUCUCAUCCUGCCUUCGUCACAUAUGAAGUAUGAGAUCCUGGGUGAAUCAUUUGGUCUCUUAUUGCUCUAGGCAACCCUCUUAGACUAAGUUACAGAGAAGGUACCAGAUGAGGAUUUCCCUUGAGUGCUUAAAUCAUAAGUUCAGACCAAAUAUAUAUAUGAAAUAAUUUUGUGGAAAUUCUUUUUUUUUUUUUAAAGAUGUCAAACUGAUAUCAACUAGUCAAAGUCAACUACCUAACCAUUUUGCUGUCAAGGCACAAGGGGAAAUCAGAUGCAGGAGUCAUAUCCCCAGGAAUCAUAGUGUUAUCUAUUUUGCCUCUCCAACAGGCAAUUUCCAUUUUACUCCAUAGUACCUCAAAUGUUUGACUGUUUCAUGUAGUUUGGGAAUGGGCCACCAUGACAAGUGUAUUUUACCACCUCCAGGAGUUGGAUCAAAGCCUCCCCCACUUUGAGUCUUUCAGGGUCUAUUUGGUGAAAUCCUUGCAUUAGAGAAUACAACUGGGUCUCAUUUGCCUCGAUUUAGAAAGUGACAUUAUGAACUCUGGAAAACUUUAUAAAUCUGACUCCUAGCUGGGAAAUGAAAUGAAAGUUGUGAAAGGUCAUCAAAAAUUUCCCUAGCUUCCUGUUCCUUUUACAGAUAUUUUAGUAAUUGAGUCAGACUAGAGAUAGGGAACUAUUCAAGGCAGGGAUUUUUCCACUCCUAAAUAAAAACUUAGUGCCAACUUGCUGUUAACCAAAGCAACCCUUUAAACAAGUCGGGAGCCAUGCAUGAUUGAUGUCACUCAUGGAUGAGCAAAGCAGACCUUAUGUGGGAUUGUAGGCUCUCGGGCGCUUUGAAUUUUGAAGACAUUCAAAGAAAUGGGGCUUGAGUAUUUUUUAAAGGAAAAAAAAACAACAACACUGAAAUACAAAGCCUUUUGACAAGGGGGAUUCUAUUCUGACUUUGUAGGGUAUGGUUUUUGGUUUCAUCUUUCAUUAAAACAUAUCGUGACGUUACGGCAAAUUUAGGAAUUUUGCUUUCCUGGAACUUGGAUGGUAAAUGUUUAGGGGCUACCAUUAACAAAUCUUUUUCCUUGAGGGCUGGUGGGGGUUUAAGGAGGAAGGUAUAGCUUUUUUAGCUGGUUCUAAUUCUCACUGAAGCCCCUACCAUGGUAGUUGUCUUAUUCAAGCAUGACUGCAAUACACACUGGAAGGUGUUAGCACUUGGAUUACUAAAGCACUACAGACUAAUUGGGAAGACUUCUUGGGUAAAGCUUUCUAUACUUAGGCAUUCAAUGCCAACAAGUGUAAAUCUUCCAUUCUGUGACUAGCCAUAUUCUGCUAUUAGAGCUUAAAAAAAACACAGGUAUCUCUGUUCUAAGUAAUCUGAUAUGUAAGAGUGGGUAUGAGGAGAAAUUAGUUUUGAGAGCCGUGGUUUGUUUUUUACGAUCCUUGAAUAAAGUUAUUUUUCAAUAAA